GACACUCACUCGAUAUAGAAUACCUAUUUAAUGUUAUUGUGAGGAGUGUACUUAUUGUACUAUGGCCUAGUGGUGCUUGUUUGGCAGAGAUUCCUAGCAUGGCCUUUUCUGUUGUGACCUCACCAGGCAGAAGGCUCUUUCCAUUGAAACUAGGCAGAUUUCCCAUGUUGAGUGUUUCUGCCAUCAAUGGAAAACCAUUCUGUUCAAGAAGGUUUUUAACAGAUGAUCAUCAUCAGGGAGGCUUUUAUAUGGAGUGUGUGUGUUUUAUUUAUGUUUUUUGACUUUUGCAUGUUUAAUGCAAUUUCAUAUUGUUUUAAUGAUAUUAUUUGUUUGUUUUUUUAAUUGUAAAAUUUUAAACUGUUUUUUAUCUGUGAGCCUCCUUAGGUCCCUUUCCAGGAGCAUAUAAAUUAAAUAAAGGACUAAGGUGGUAACUGUCAGCAAGAAGACUUUUUCUUCAGCCACUGGAAUGACCUGCUGGAAGAGAUUUGACAGCUGAAUACAGUAUCUGAAUUUAAAAAAUCAUUGAAGACCAGUCUCUUCCAGCAGGCUUAUCCAGAUUAUUUUUAAAUUAAGCAUUUUAAAUGAUGAAUUUUAAAUGUGGGUUGUUGUAGAAUGUAUAUGUCUUACUUGCCUUUUCUAUCUGUUAAUGGUGAACUGCUUUAGUAUUUUUAAAAUGAAAAGCAGUAUAUAAAUAUUGAAAAUAAGCAAAGAGGUUCCCACUGCUUCCAUCACUGCAUGAAAUUGCAAACAAAACUCAGGUUCUUCCUUUGCUUUCCAGAGAAAAGUGGACUGCCAUGGCUGCUGGGAAUUUCAUCCAGGAGUUCUCUUAUGAAAUAACUUGUUCCAUCUGUUUGGAGUAUUUCAAAGAUCCAGUGAUCAUAGAUUGUGGCCACAAUUUUUGCCAGUCCUGCCUGACAAAGUGCUGGGAAAAGUCCAGCACGGCCCCUUCCUGCCCCCAGUGCAGAGCGAUUUUUCAGCAACAAAGCUUCAAGCCAAACCGACAGCUAGCAAAUAUUUUGGAAAUAGUCAAGAAAUUUGAAGAUGGAAAGAGACCAGAAAAGAUGAAGGAAGUGUGUAAGAUGCACCAGGAGCCCCUGAAACUCUUCUGCAAAAAUGAUCUGUCCCUCAUGUGUGUCGUGUGUGACAGAUCCAAAAAGCAUGAGAAGCACAGUGUUCUUCCUAUGGAGGAAGCCCACCAGGAAUAUAAGGAAAAAAUCUCAAAACAGUUGAGAUUCCUAAAGGAGGAAAGAAGGAAGUGUAUGGAUAAGAAAAGAAGUGAAGACAAGAGAACCCAAUCAUUCCUGAAAAAGUUAGAAGAGAACACAAAGAAGAGUGCAUUUGCCUUUGAGCAAAUGCUAACAUUGCUUGAAAAGAAUAAGGACUCUUGGCUGAGCCAUGUUGAAUGUGUGAAGGAAAAUUUCAAAGAAAUACACAAAAAUAGUUCCAUCAGAUUAUGUGAGAAGAUUUCUAGCCUUGACAAACUGAUGGAAGAGAUGGAGGGGAAGUGCCAGCAAUCAACAAAUGAAUUUCUUCAGGACAUCAAAAGCACCUUGAACAGGGUCUCUGGAGCAAGUACUGCCAAAAGUGAUUCUGGACCCUGACACAGCACAUCCGCAACUCUUUGUGUCAUAUGAUCUGCAGUCUGUUCAGAUAAUAAAGAGAACAGAAAACCUGCCUGACAACUUGGCAAGAUUUAACAAGAUUCAAUGUGUGCUCGGAACGGAAAAGUUCACUACAGGAAAACAUC